AUGUCUCAUUCCCCAGGCGACAAAGUUUUCGCUAAGAUAAAAGGAUUCCCUAACUGGCCUGCUAGGGUUAAUCCCCUUCCACAUGAUGUACAAAUACCCAAGGGAAAACUUCCUAUAUUUUUCUACGGAACUUAUCAAGUUUCAUUUGUUUCCGUCAAAAAUAUUGUUCCUUACGAGAAGUUCAAAGAGAAGUGGGGAAAGCCAAAGCCAAGCGCACAGUUCAUGACAGCUAUGAAAGAAAUCGAAGCUAAUCCAGGCAUCUAUAUGUUGGGAGAGGAUCCUAGAGCUGAGGAGUUUCUCCUUCAAUUUUAUGACUUCAAACCAAUGGGCAGUGAAUGUGUUCGCCAAUACAAACGUCAAUAUUCCAGGAAGUCAAAAGUUGACAAUGAUCAACCAUUUACUACUACUAAUCAAGGGGCAAGUAGUGGUGAUCAAAGAAAUCGUGUCAGUGAUGAUACAUCGAGUGAAAUAAGUACAGAUCAAUCGAGAGUCAAUAGCUUAGACCCAGCUCCUGAAGAUAGUAAUGAUGAAGAGACAUUGAUAGAUAAUACAAAUCAUCACAUACAGUUUAAUAAUUAUCAACAAAUGGAUAUAAGUUGUUCGGAGAGGCUUAGCCCCAGUUCAACAAUCGGUCGUCCAUCUGAUGAAAAAGAUUCUUAUCAAGAGAAUAGAGAAGCUCGUCGACUUGCUCGUAAAAUGCAGAAAAAAGCUGAGAAGAAAGCUUUAAAGAAGGCUGCUAAACGAGAAGCGAAACGAUUAGCAAAAGAGAAACGAGCUGAAAGGCGCGCUCGACGAGAAGCUAAACGUGAACUGAAACGUCUUCAUAAACUGGAAAAAUGUCGUUUAACAGAACAAGAAAGUUUACAUUUUGAUGUUCAAGAAUCGAAUGUGAGAAAUCCUGACGUUAAUCAAGAGAGCUCUAGUAAUCAUGCAUGGGAUGAUGAUAAUCAUUGGUCUCCUGCUUCUCAUUCUGAGCCUGUUCACAGUAAUGAAGAUUCUACCGAUUCUAGUUCCAACAAACCCAUCCUGCCUACCUUAGACGACAGAUGUGCCAGCCCGCUUCAAUUCCUGCAUCAACCUGAAGAUGAUAGUAUUUUUUCAACUCAUAAAAAUGAUAACUCUCCUUCUAAUGGUGAACUUUUAACUAAAGAAAUGAAUUCCUCAAACACUACACUAUUAGAAUAUGAUAAACACGAAUAUUCUACUGGAAUUAAACGUACAGGAACGUUGUUUCAUUCGAAUGGAAGUGAUAAUGAAAGUUCUCAGUUAUUAAAUGGAACAAUUAAAUUGGAAAAUAGCGAAAUUCCUCCGAAGAAAAAAGCUAAAAGAGAAUUAAUUAAGAAUGAUGUUAAUGAUGACGUCGAUGACGAAAACACAAUGUGUCAUCCUGAAAUGAAAAUUAUGUUAUCGUCAAAAUCAAAUAGUCAUCACUCUCAAACGAACAAUGAACAAGAUGUCAAACAAUCAGUAGCAGUAAUUGAAGCUACUGAUUCAUUAGUAGUUGAGGGGUUUGAAAAUUCAAAACCAACUAUUCCUGAACCUCUGCCGGAAGCUGUCACUAAACAUGGCGUCGUCACUACUACUACUACUACUAGUAAUAAUAAUAAUAAAAAACGAAACAAGUCUGAACAACAUCGUUCUCGUUUACGUAAAAAAAAACCUAGUGCUAUAUUGCUUGAUUCAGAUGAAGAUGAAGUAAAUUCUGAAAAGCAAGUAAUCAACCUACAUGAUUCCUCAUCAUCAACAUUAUCAUCUCCAUCACCUUUAUCAUUAUCAAAUGAUUCUGACAUAGAGAAUUCAAAGAGCAAAGAUCAAUUAUCUUCACAGUUAAAAGAGAAAAGUCGAAAUUCUUCACCAAAACCGUCAACAAUAAACAAAUCAAAUCGACCUAGAAAAUCGAGAAAUCAAAAAUCUAAUCAAAAAACUAACAUCAAUAAUAAUAAUAAUAAUUCGAAAGUGAAAAGCAAACAAUCAGAAGUCAAAUCAACUGCCGCAUCAAAUACCAGUGUACGGGAUGAAAAAAGAAUCUCUAACGAUUCAAGUGGUAUUCGUCAGGCUGCAGCAUCGAAUGAUCCUGUCACUCAGUUGAAUCAAUGCUGCCGUGACCUGAAAACCAGUCUAAUCAAAGGUCACGAGAAUUUUGCCGAAGCGGUACAAUUAUUAAAUAAAGUUCGUUCUAUCCCUGUUCGACUUCCUCAGUUAGCUGAAGCUUGGGAUCUUAUGGAUUGCAUUAAAAAGUGUCGACGGUAUAAACUAUCAAAUGAAGUUCGUGAAGCUGCUCAAACAACAUUUCAAUUUUUUCAAUCUUUACAGGCGAAUACUACCAAAGAAGAGCUCUCUCAAGCACAGGCACUUAUUGCAUCUCAUCAAAAUCGUAUUCAUUCCGUUCAAGAUCCUGUAAUAGAAAAUACUUCAAAAACUGAUUCACUGCCUUCUUCCUCUGAUGUUGAUAAUAAACAAACACUACAAAAUAAUACAAAUCCAAAUAAUAGUUCUGAAUCAACAUCGAAUCAUACCACUACCACUACUACCGAUACUACUAUUACUACUAUUACAAUUGAACCUGAAAAUUUAACAGCUGAUUUAGAAGCAAAAGUCGAUGAUGUCUUAUCACGAAUACGUGCAACAGAAGAACGAAUGGCUGCCGCAGCCGUUUCAUCUACACGGUCUGAUACACCAUAUAAAUCUAUAUCUAAUCAUGUAACCAAUUCCUCUAUAAGAUCUACAGGAGGUCGAAUAAUUAGAGCAUCGGCCGUCGCUGCCGCCACUGCCCAUAUGCAUGAUGAAGAAGAUGAAGAAUCAGUUGUGUCACGUGUCGAACAAGUGGCCGCUUACGAGGCAGGCGCAAUAAAUUAUUCAAAUCCAGCCAGUUUAGGAUCUCCACCCCCGCCUCCGCCGCCCCCACCAUCAUUAUCUUUUGGCUCUGUUGGUCCGUCUGACCAACUUGAAGCAAAGGCAUCCCCUAGUGUUGACCAUCUAGAUCUUGAUUCACGUAUACAAUUGUUUAUGUCGGCAGCUAGUUCACAAAAAUCUGUUAAGUCAUCUAAUUCAAACCCUGUAAUCACUGUAGGUAAAUCAGAAGUGACACCUACAACACAAUCUCAUCACAUUCAGCCGAAAUUAACGAGUAUAACCUCAUUGACAUCGUCGGCCUCCACUUUGUCUUCUACAGUUACAUCAUCAUCAUCAUCAUCAUCCAGUCUAUUACCAGUUCUUUUAGCUAAGCGUAAAUUAAUAGCGGAUAAAUUAGCUGCAGUUAAAGCAUCUGGUUCUCCAAUCAAAUCAUGUCAUCCAGUCACUUCACCAUUACCAUCACCAACUUCCAUUGAUAAUGAAUUCAAUAUUGUAGAAAAAGUAUCCUCUUCAAUUAUUACUACACCCAUUAGCACUACUACUACUACUACUACUACUGCUACUACUAUUCAUACACCUCCAUUAUUGACCAAAAUGUUGAAUACUGCGAAAAUGCCUUCGAAAGAUGAAGAAUUGUAUGAUUUAUUAGGUGUGUAA